ACAAGAGUUGCGUCCCUUCGAAGGCGGAAGUGAUACAAGAAAAACGACAAAAGUUGGGAAUUUUCAGAUGGACUUCAACCUUUCCAUGACUUACUAAAGAAAUGACAACUUCUUUACAAUGCCGUCUACAUUAGUUUCGGGGAUAAAGCGUUACUGUAACCAUUCUAAAAGGUUGCAAGCCAUUCUUGAAGAAACAAAACGAUGUUUUGAUGACAUUAAUGAAAGUGGCAAAAACGAAAAUGGUCCACUUUUGCCACUUGAGGUUCUCCAUGAGGAGGAGGAAGAAAUCCUGUCUACAGCUGACAAACUUCCAGGCAUUGUCGUUCUCGGACAGAAUGAGUAUUGCAAGUCUCGAAUAGUGAAUGAAUUAUUUCAGAGAACUAUAUUCCCAACUUUUGAUUCUAAUGACAAUGAUAACCGGUAUCGCACCGUUAGAUUUAAGUAUGGGGAAAAUCUCUGUAUAAAUCUAGAGCUACCUGAUGAUGAGUAUGCUCUUGCAGAAAACUUAGAAGCAUACAAAGGACCCUGGAAUACCAUUCCACAUAAAGAUCUUGAGAUCUCAGUUAAUGACAAAUCUGAUUCUGCAAUGGGAUCGGCUGUACUAGAGGUUAAAUUCAAUCAUCAGUUGUUGAGGUAUGGAUGUACUUUGGUGGUGGCCGCAUCAAAUAUAUCAUUUGAGGAGGAGCUUAAACGAUGCACUGAAAACAUAGCACCAGUUAUAAUCUAUGCAUUUCACACAGAAUCAUUUUCUACCAAGGAGAUUCAAGACUUAGAGUUACUGAAGGAGAUUACCAAUUUUCAGCCCAUCUGCUUCGUACAUGUACCAGAUCCAUACGUGAUGCCGCAUAUUGUAGCUGGAAAUCCAUUCUGUGGUGUUGUUCACAGUCAAAAACUUCCAGGAGAUGGUCACUCAUCGCAGAAUAAUUCUGUGUUAUCCACAGUGGAGAACAAUAAUAACACAGUGACAGAAAAUGCACAAGCAAAUAGUGACAGUGCAAAAUCGAACGAUAAAUGUGAUAAAUCAGGCAUUCAAAAUGCUGGCGAUCACAGUCCCAGAAAUGAUAACAAUUUUGAAACUGGCAAAUCUGAUAUAGAUAAGAUAAAUGCCAACAAAUCAUCAACACCAAGUAGCGAGCCCUCGUCCACACCAACAGUUACCUCCCCUAGUCACAGAAUGGGUAAAGUGUUUGCUACGUCAAUACCUCCGCCUAUCUGUCAAAAGAUAUUCAUGGAACUUUGUAAGGUUGGAUAUCUUACAGAAACACCAGGUGUAAGAAAUAUCAGUCGAAAUAUGCUGGAAGACUAUUUUGAGGUAGAUAGUAUAUUAAUAACAGACUUAAAACAGUUCCAAGAUUCUUUCUCAAAUUUUUCCGAACUUACAAUGCAGCGUUUCUUAGUGAACGCAGUGACUGUGUUAAACAAUACUCAUAUACGAUGUCUCAAUACUUUCAUAAUCUGUGCGUUUGACAUGGCGAGGGAAGUGCUAAUCACACCAAAGAAAAUUGAAUUCGCUCGGGAAAAAGAAGAGGAAUUGUUCAAAUCGUUAAUGAAAAUUGCGAUUGAGAAAGGUGAUGAGAUUAAGGACAUGAUCGAACGAACUGUUCAAGACAGUAAAUCAAGUCUGGUUCAAAAGGCAUAUGAUUAUGACUUUAUUGGUGUUGACUUUACGGAAAAAGGAGAGAUUCUGACCCAUAAAGGUCUGAAAAUCUGUACCGGACAGAUCCAGGAGCUUGUGCUUGGUGGACUGAACCAGGCUGUUGCUGGGAAGCUGGUCAAUUCUGUGGACAUCAUGAGAGAUUCAUACACAGGUACAUUGACAAGAUGUUUAGAAAGUUUGGAGAAGGUAGAAAUAGAAAACCCAGGCAACAGUACCACCACAGAGGCUUUGAAACAGGUAAUAAAUAAGGCAGAUUUGAAUCCAUCCACACAGAUGCUAUUGACGGCUUACAGGCUGGAAAUUAAUCUAGAUAUAUCUCUUGGGUUUGGUUUUCGCAAGAAAAUGAAAAAGUUAGUUCAAGCUAUGCCAUGGAGUCAGAGCCCCAAGAUUGAUGAUGAGUGGAAGACAAAAGUUGCCUCUGACAUGUUAGCCAGUCUCAGUGCUGCUAGGUUAGCCAAAAGUAUAUCUUCUCAGAUCAAGGACCGCCUGAACAAAUCUCAUGAGGCAUUCUUGUCAGCAUUAAAACAACUAGAAAUGAAGCAUUGUGGGAGACUGGACAAGAUUGAAGAGGAGAGACUCAAACUUAGGAAGGUUCAUGCUCCACGAGUUGCUAAGGUUGCUCUCGAGAGCACAUCUCUAAAAGAUCUCAUUUUACAUGGUAUGCCUCAGAUGGGUAAAGAGAUUGGGCGGGGCCAGUAUGGAGUGGUAUAUGCAUGUGAUAGAUGGGCAGGCCACACCCCUUGUGCCAUAAAGUCUGUGGUCCCACCUGAUGACAAACAUUGGAAUGAUCUUGCCUUGGAAUUCUUUUAUACAAAGAAUAUACCUGAUCAUGACCGCGUGGUAAUGUUACGGGGGUCGAUUAUAGAUUACACAUACGGAGGGGGGACAACUCCAGCUGUGUUACUGGUCAUGGAUAGACUUCAACGAGAUUUGUAUACGGCAAUAAAACAACACCUUGAUUGGGUGGGCAGGUUACAAGUGUCUAUAGACGUGGUUGAAGGAAUAAGGUUUUUACACAGUCAGGGUCUAGUACACAGGGAUAUCAAAUUGAAAAAUGUCUUGCUUGACUCCCAAAACAGAGGUAAAAUAACAGAUCUAGGUUUCUGUAAACCGGAGGCCAUGAUGAGUGGUAGCAUAGUAGGUACACCUAUCCACAUGGCACCAGAACUGUUUACAGGCCGGUAUGACAGCAGUGUUGACGUGUACGCGUUCGGUAUAUUGUUCUGGUAUAUUUGUGCCGGAAGUGUACGCCUUCCACAAAAUUUUGAACAAUGUGCCAACAAGGACCAGCUUUGGACAAAUGUUAAACGAGGUUUACGACCGGAAAGUCUUCCGGUCUUUGAUGAUGAAUGCUGGGACUUAAUGACAGAGUGCUGGGAAUGCGAGCCAGUCAAGCGCCCUCUACUGGGUGACGUUCAACAGAGGCUGAUAAAAAUAUACGAAAGGUAUCGUAACAAGCCUGGUGGCCCGGUUAAAACAGCCAAAGAUUCCGCAUCAGUCAAAAUUAGUAAAUUAAAAUACAAGACCAAAACAUCAGACAAAAAAUAAACUGUGAUUGUCAUUUAGUUCGGAAACACAUUUUUACAGCUUUGAAGUUAUUAGUUAUUUUCUAGAUACUUUUACCACUUGGUUUGUAUUGAGGUAUGUUUGUUAAUUUUAUGUAGAGUUUUUGUUGCAUAUAAAUUUUGGGAGGUCAUCUUAGUUACGUGGGUUGCAACCAUCAGGUCUCAUCUAAUUUGGUUCCUUCAUGAAUGCUUGUGAUUCUUCACUUUUUAUUUUAUUGCACAUUUUCAUAUUCAUACUAUGUAUGUAGGUGAAUAGUAUUUGGUUAACUGUGACAAGAUCAUUCAAUCAUUCUGAUUUCAAGCUUAGAGGAAGCUGCCUUGCUAGCUUACUUAACACCAAGGUCAGAGAUUAUUGAGAAAAAAAAUCAAACUCCGAGCUCAGGCAUCUGUUUGGUCAAAAACUUGCAAAAAAUUUACACUGAAGAAUGAAAAUCCAGAGAAUCAAGAAAAAAAUCAGAGAAAAAGUUUAAAAAAUCUCUAGACCUGAUUAUAUGA